UGAAUAGCUGUGCCACCCAAAAAUACAUACAGAAAUAAUUGAGUUAGGGAAAAAAAAAACCAUCCCUGUAUUCAAAUCAAUCCCAUUUUUUCUCUCCAUUUCGGAGGAAAGUUGUGGGAUUAACAGUAAAAAGAAAGAAUGGAGAAAGCCCUAACAAAAGUUGGGAGCCUAAAAGCUAGUACAUUUUGGGUUUCUGAAAAAGCCAAAGAAGAAAUCUCUAAUAUCAGCCAAGAUCUCUCUACGUUGUCGAGCACUGUUGAAGAGAAGGCAAAAUGGAUCUUCAACAAGCUCAAAGGGAAACCGUUGAAGUCAUUGGCCGAUCUCCUACGAGAAUACAAUCUUCCUCCCGGCCUCUUUCCUCAGAACAUAACAUGUUACGAGUUUGAUGAGUUGAAGGCGAAGCUCGUCGUCUACAUGCCCUAUCCAAGUGAGAUCUGCUUCAAGGAUUCGUCCGUUGUAAGGUAUUCAACUCGUGUCAAAGGGACAUUAUCGAGGGGGAAGCUCUCGGGAAUUGAAGGAAUGAAAACUAAGGUUUUGGUUUGGGUCAAAGUUACCGGUGUCAAUGUUGAAAGUUACAAGUCAGAUAAAGUGUGGUUCACGGCUGGUGUAAAGAAAUCGAGGGCCAAAGAUGCCUACGAAAUGCCUCGUGAUGCCAUCAGAGUAGAAGAAUUUUAAGGUGCCUGCAUAAAAAGUAAUGUCAAAUCAACGGAAGAGUGAUUUUUUGAUCAAUAAUGUUUCUUGAUGCAAGCAAGACAAAAUCCUGGAAAGGGAAUUUCAAAUAUUUAUUAUGAUAUAUGAAUCCACGUCUUGCAAAUUUGAAGUCCACUAUAUGAAUUAUUUUCAAUACCUCGUUAGUGGCUCUUUUGUUGGUAACUUUACUAGGUUAUCCCCAAGCAACUACUCUGAAUCACAAGGCAACGAGAAAAAGUAACCACUUUUAGCAUGUGUAGUAGUAGUAAGUGGGUGAUUUUGAAAACUGAUCGAGUGAAUUGUGGUUUGUAUCAUCCACCGCCAAGCACUGGUCCCCAUCAAGAGGGGCGUUUAAGGCUGUUCGCCGGAAGGAAGGUGCUAAGACAAGGGGAUACACAUUCUACUAACUCUAUGGUCUUAUUGUAGAAGUUCUUUUUCUAAGGAUCCUUUCCAAAGCUUCUAAUAAUGAAAGAUUCUCUCGUCACCCCGAGAUCUUUUGAAGCGGGAUUUGGCUCGCCUUUGUUUAGGGGAAAACAUCAUUAAAAUAUUGUUUAUUGUUCUGUUUAAUAUCAAAUAUUGUGUACUAAAUAUUCUUUU